ACGGGUCAAGUAAACAUGUCCUAAGUAGAUUUUUUCGCGUGGAUGAAACCCUAGAGUGCCGAGUUCGAAGGUAAUCGAAAACUCUCUUUAGCUUUCUGUUGAAUUGUAGACUUUAAUAGAUAAAUCAUAUUGAAUUCGACGCCGAAUCUCGAUUCCACAAUUUCACUUCCUCCACCGGAACAGGCUAUCGGUGCUUAUCCAAAAUAUUGAUUCCGAUUGUUUUGGUAGUUAUGAUAUGCGCUUUGUAUGUAUGCGACGUGAUUGUCUACUUACUUUUUGGAAUUGGUUUCUUUUUUUCGAAUGAUUUUCUUUGAUGAACAUGAAACUGGCAAAUUGCUCACCAUAUGUAUACUCUGUUUUCGAUUAAAUAAAUGAUGCGAUGCUUGAAAUUAUUUGGAAUCAAACUGAAUGAAUUUAACUUUUCAAUAACUAUCUUCUAGCAUUGAGUAAUUGAGUAGAAAGCUAUCGACUUUACCUUCAAGCAGAGAGGAAAGCACACAAACGAACCUUUUCAGUAAGGAAACAAGAAAUGGUGAAGAUUUCAGAGGCCUACAACUUAAGAUCAAGAACAAUCUACAAGUCACACGUCCGGACAUCCAAAACCCAAACAUGUGGCAGAUCUGCUCGGGCAAAGGAAUCUGAUAGGCCUAGGGGGAAACCUGUCAAGUACUCCGGAGGUUAUGGUCCGCCAUUAAUUCAGUGGUCAGCCAAGGAUCUAGAAAUCAUGGAUAGACGUGAUCGGCGUCUUGCUGAGCUAGCACUUGACUACUACCAUAACACAUGUAAGGAUGGAGUCACCUAUGAGGUGGUGGAGGUAAUGAGAAGCAACCAAUUUGCUCUACCCGACACGGAAAAGUAUAUAAAGGCUCAUACUAACUUCAUUGCCAAGCCCAAAAACUCAAAUGGACCCUCAAUGCUCUUUUUCGUUGAGACAUCUUAUCCAAAUUUAAUUGGCAGACGCCUGGAUGCCCGUACUACUACUGUUCACGUUUGCUACAUGCUUGGCGCUGUUGGUGAAGUUGAUACAGGUCUUAAUGGCUGCCUCGCCUGUCGUGGAACCCGUGGACCAGCUCUUCAUCACCCUCAUGAUGGAGUCUUUGAUAUUGGUUAUGAACUUAUGAGAUGUAUCGCUUGCGGUAGUUGGUGCAUGGGCUGCUAUCACGUAGUAGUGAUUAAUCUUAUUUGCCUGAUUAUCUUUAUUUGUAAAACAAUCCUUGUCAACCUAUUUACUCCACUAUCUUCUUAGUUACAAUGAUAGUCUAGGAGGAAGUCCAAGUAGUUAAGUCCCCAUCAUCUAACCAAAGUCUGUGAAGUUAAAACAUUUCAAUGUAGUUGCAAAGAAAAAAACUUCAUGUCUAGAAAAAGUUACAUAUCUUCCCAAAUAUGUUAACUAGUUUAUGUUUGAUUAUGAUAUAAUCAUCAUCGGUGGACUUCAUUCAUUUUGUUUCAGAAGCUUCUUAAUUAAAUUGCACUUGUGUAGUCGUUCC